AUGGGAUAUGGAAAUCAUACUGUAAUAACAGAAUUUGUUCUCCAAGGGUUAUCACAGAGCUGGGAGCUGCAGCUGUUCCUCUCAGCCCUCCUCCUGCUCUUCUACAUCAUCAUCCUACCUGGGAACUUCCUGAUCAUUGUGACCAUUCGGAAUGACCCCCAUCUGGGAUCCCCCAUGUUUUUCUUCCUGGCCCACCUGGCCUGCUUGGACAUCUGCUACAGCUGCGUCACCCCUCCAAAGAUUAUGAUGAACGUCUUCACUGGCCAUAGAACCAUCUCCUACCCAGGCUGCAUGCUUCAGAUUUUCUUCAUCCACUUUCUGGGUGCAGCUGAGAUGUGCCUUCUGAUUGCCAUGGGGAUUGAUCGGUAUGUGGCCAUCUGCCACCCACUGCGCUAUACAACUGUGAUGACCAAGGCAGUUUGCUGGGCUAUGGUGGUAAGUUCGUGGACUGCAGGUUUCAUGCACUCCAUGAUCCAGGUCAUUCUCAUUGUCCCUCUCCCUUUCUGUGGCCCCAAUGAGCUGGAUAACCUCUUCUGCGACAUCACCCAGAUCAUCAAGUUGGCCUGCACUGACACCUACAUGCUAGAGUUUAUCAUGUUCUUCAACAGUGGUGUUGGUAUCGCCACAUGCUUCAUCCUCCUUCUCAUCUCCUAUGGGGCCCUGCUGGCUAAGGUGAGGACAGGCUCCAGCCAUGGGAAGAACAAGGCUUCAUCUACAUGUAUCACCCACAUCAUUAUCAUCUUCAUCAUGUUUGGCCCUGCCAUCUACGUCUACUGCCGGCCUUUCCAAGACUUUCCCUUUGAUAAGGUGGUGGCUUUUUUCCACACGGUGGUCUUUCCCUUGAUGAACCCCAUGAUCUACACCCUGAGGAACAAGGAGAUCAAAGUUGCUAUGGGGAGACUGCUGAAGAAAUAUAUAACUUUGGUGAGAAAGUAA